AUGUAUGCAAUUUUUUUGUUUGAUAUAAUUUGCUCUCCUUAAUAAGCAUAAUAAGAACUUUUAAAUGCAAAAAAAGAAAAACCCAGUUUUGAUGAAGAGUUUUAAAUUUAUUUUUUUAAAAAUGAAGUUGAAAAUGAACUUUAUGAAAAAUCGCUCCUAUAAAAAAAUCAAGAAUAAUCAGCAAACAAUGAUAUAUUUAAUGAAAUUACAGUUUAAAAUUAUUAAAAAAUUUGUUAAACUCAUAUUGAAAAAAGUUCUUUUCUUUAUGCUGAAUUUUGGUCUCAUUUAAAUGAAUAUAAUCCUGAUUUGGGAAAAUUGAGUGAUAUUGGUUAUAAAAUAUACAUUUGCAAAUAAAACAUAGAAAACUAUUGGAACAGAUUAAUGAAAAUGAAUGUUUUUAUACCUAAUUUGAUUCUUUUGUAUUCAAAAUUUUUAAAGGAAAUUAUGAACGAUAAUGAAAGUUCAUUAUAAAUACUAAAUAAAUUAAUAGAAGUUAAUUUUAACAAUUAAGCUUCUAAAUCAACAAAUAAUAUAGAUAUAUAAACUUAUUCUUAACCAACUAUUAUAAUAAGUGCUGAUGAUGAUUCUUUUUGUCAUAUAAUUAAUUUAAAUUUAUCAGUAUGUUAAUUAAGUUUAUAUUAAAAAAAAGAAUUGUUAAGUAAGAACAUAUCAAUUUUAAUGCCUUAAAUGUAUGCUAAAAAUCAUGAUAAUUUUAUUUAAAGAUAUUUGACAACUUUAGAGCCUCGUGUGUUAAAUGUAGACAAUCUAGUUCCUUUUAAGACUAAAUUAGGAUAUAUUUAUAUUUCAAAAAUAUUAAUAAAGCACGUUUCAUCAUUAAUAAACGGUCUAUAAUUUAUAGCGUAUUUUAAAUAGAGUAAAUUUUUAAAAGAAUAAUGCAGUUUAAUUAUAAAUAAGAAUGGUAUUAUAUAAGAUAUAAGUUCUUCAUGUAUAACAAUGUUAGGUUUAGAUAUAAAAAAGCUUUCGAAAAAGGAAAACUUAAUAACUGAUUGUAUAGAAAAUUUUUGGAAUCAUCUAAAGGAAUUUUAACAAAAAUAAGGACUUACUGUAACUGUGUAGAAUUUUAAAAAAGAAUGUAGUAAAUUUUAAGCUAAUGUUACUUGUACUGAAAUAAAUUUUAAAAUUUCUGGAAAUUUAGGAUAAAUUAUCUAAAUAUCAAAACAAUUUACAGGUUUAUUAAAAGAAAAAAAUAAUUAAAAAACAUCUUAAUAAUUACCCAAUUUUCACCUUUAUAUGUAUUAUAAUGUUGAACUAAAUAGUUUUGUUGGUUAUUAAAGUUUUGGAAAAACUUGUCAUAUAAAUGAAAAUUCUAAUACAGAGACUUAUUAAACGCAUAUUAUUUAGUCUCAAAGAAAUGAAGAUGAUCAUUAUUAAAGUUCUUUUAAAAGUAGAAGUUCUUUAAAAGAUACAUAAUAAAGGUAAAAUAUUAAUUAUUAGUAAGGAAUUAAAACCCUUGUAUUAGUAAAUAAUUAGUUAAUAGAUCUAGAAAUUAUAAAAAAAAAUGAAUAAUAAAUAGAAGAUAUAUUAGAUUCCUAAAAUGAAUAUUAGGAAGAUUUAAAUAACUACGAUGGUAAUAAUCUCUCAAAAAACAUAUAAAAUAAUGAAAAUAAGUGUUAUUAAAAUAAUGUAUUCAAAAAUAAAAAAAAAUUUAUAGAAUUUAUUGAAUAAACUGAUUUCCUAAAUAUUCCACUUUUUUAAUAUUUCAAAAUUAUUUCAUUUGUAUUCAUUCUAGUUAUAGUUGGAUUAAGUUCUCUUAAUAAUAUUGUUAGUUCAAAAGAAUUAUCUUAAGUAACAAGUUUAUUUAAUUAAAUUUAAUAUUCAAACGAGUUGAAUUCAGAUAUGCAAAGAAUUGUUCUCAAACUACUUUGUUUGCAUUUAGUGGAAACUGGCGUUUUUAUUUAAAAUGAUACUUUGAUAAAUGAUAUAUCAGAAAUUUUCGAAAACAUUAAGGUUUUAUCAGAUAUCAUAAUUUAAAAUGAAAAUCAAAUGCUUUCAUUAGAAAGAAAAAAUUUAAUAUCUAAUAAUGUAGUAAAAAUGACUUUUUUUUAAAAUGAAAAAUCUACUUUUAUAAAAUAUUUUGAUUUAUACGAAGCAACAUAAUAAAUAAUUAGCAAAAUAAAUGAAAUUGUUGGUUAAAAAUAAAAUAAGUAAUCUAUUAUAUUUAAUUAUUAAAAUCCAACAUUCUAUUUUCUUGUAAAUAACCUUUUAAAUGAUUAUUAUGAAAAGCUCAUCUAAUAAUCUCAGUAUUUAGUUUUGGAGCUAGAAACUUGGUGCAUGAUAAAAAAAGAUUCUUAAAUAGCUUUGCUUAUAAUAUCAAUUGCAAUUAUUAUUUCUUUUUUUUUUAUUCUGAUAUUUUAUUAUUUCAUAAUAAAUAAAUAUUAAACAUAAAUAUUAGAUGUUUUUCUUGAAAUUCCAGCUGAAAAAGUUAAGAAGCUUUUUUUAAAAAGUGAGUUGUUUUUAAUGAAUUUAUAAAACAUAGAUUUAGAUGAAAAUACUUCUUAAGAAAUAAAUUAAACUUAGCAAUAAUAAGAGGAGUAAUAAAAUCUUAUAGUUAAAAAUAAAUAGAAACGAAAAAUAUCAAAAACAAAUUUUAAUAAGAAAAAUUAAAUGUUUUUUUUACCUUUUUUUAGUUAUUGUUAUUAUUAGUGA